AUGGACCCACACGGCCGCGCCUCAGGGGGCACCGGCGUGGCUGGCGUCUCCGCGGCCCGCGACCCUCCAGUUUGCGCCUCUGGCGCCGACUCCCGUUCUCUCCCUCCCGGCGGCGCGGCGUCGUCUUCCGCGCGUCUGUCUGCCGCAGAUGCGGCGCCGGCCUCCGCGUCGUCUGCCUUCUCAGCGGGGUUCUCCUCUGCGUCGCGACGCCCUGGUCCCUCGCCCGGCUCUGCGCCGCCGGCGGGCGUGCCGCUGCCGGCGUCUUCUGCGAGCGCGUUUUCUUCCCGGACAUUCGGCGUCGACGAGGGCCGCACCUCUGGUUCCGUUUUCAACUUGCUGCCGCCCUCUGCCUGCCGCGCCAUCUCCUUCUUCCUCGUCGCCGGUUUCUCGCUCGCGUCCGUAGCUUCCCUCGCGGUCUACUCGCACGUCGCCGUCCUGCAACUUGUUCUCUUCGGCGUCUCCCUCGCCUACUUCCUCGCCUUCCUCUCCCUCGCGUGGCAGGUGGAUGGUCUGAUUGGGCCGCGCGUGGGGCUGCUGCCCCUCGAUGAGCAUCUGCCGGUCCUAGAGCAGCGCGCCAGCGUCCCCGCCUCCCCCCACAUCAAAUUCCUCAUGAAGACCGUCUACCAAAUCGCCACACUCGCCUGCGGGCGCAAAAACAACGUCCUGCCGAGUCAGCUGGCGUACGGCGGGGCGGCGAUUUCGCUCUUCAACGCGGCGCUCAGCCUUGGAGCCCCGGGCCUGCCGCGGGCGCUGUGGCAGACUGCGUGCUUCGCCGUCCUCUACGUCGAGUACCUCGCGUUCCGGUACAUGGCGCGAGAGUUCCUUUCGUUUCAAUGGGACGUUCUGCUGUUGGAGACGGGCUUUAUCGCCGUGUUUGCCGCAUUGUGCGGAACCGCUGCGACGCCGUUUGCCGCCGGUGUGGCGGUGAUGUGCCUGCGCCUGCUGGCCGUGAAGCUGCUCUUCUGCUCUGGCAUCUGCAAAUUCGCGUCCGGCGACCCCAAAUGGAGCUCGUUCACGGCCAUGAACUACCAUUACUGGACUCAGCCGCUGCCUAACUUCGUCUCAUGGUUCGCCUACUGGGGAUCGCACAAGCGCGCGCAGACCGUCCUUGCAGUUGCGUUUGAGGUUCUCGGCCCUCUCCUCAUUCUGUUUGGCCGCUGGGGUCGCAUCGUGGCCUUGAUCUGCUUCAUCUUGACCAUGGUCGCGAUCUUCCUUACAGGGAACUACGGCUUUUUCAAUUUCCUCUCCUGCGUCGUGUGCCUCUCCCUGCUCGACGACUCGCUGCUCAUCUUCAACUUCACGGCCGUGCCCGAGGUCCCGUCGGUGCUUCAGCGCGCGACAGGAUCUCUGGCGGCGAUGUUCCUGGGCUGCGUUGCUCUGAGUUUCUACGCGCUGUUCAGCCUGACUACCGUCGCGCUUUUUCUCAAGCUGUGGCAGCGGCCCCUGUUGGAUCCGCCGGCACUGUGCGCCCGAAUUUACGGCGAACUCGCCCCGCUGCACGCCUGCAACGUAUACGGUUUGUUCGCGUCCGUGACGACUUCUCGGUACGAAGUGAUCAUUGAGGAACUCCACCUCGUGGAGGACACGACAGCCAGCCCGCCGACGACGCGAGAGACCUGGGUUGAGUUGGAUUUCCUCUACAAACCAGGCGACGUGGACAGGCGCCCACAGUGGCUGUGGUUCGGGCACAUGCCGCGGCUCGACUGGCGCCUCUGGUUCCUACCGCUGCGCCUCUCGCGCCUCAUCAGCCUCGCGAUGCGCGACGGCGCGGCGCCGGCGGCCGUCACUGCAGCGCUCCAGCAGGGAGCCGCGGGGCUCUAUCCGCCAUGGUGGUCUGUUCUGCUCGCGCGCAUCUGCCGCAGACAACCCGAAGUCUUGGCGCUCCUUGGGCCGCAACGAAACAUUGAUCUGGCGCGGGCGCCCCGUCCCCGCGGCCUGCGAGUCAGCUUGUUUGACUACCGCUUCCGGCCUCCGCCGAAUCAGCCUCUCUACGCCGCGUUUUUUCCCGAAGGCCUGCGUCCGCUGAGUCAGCAGGAAAUUCAUGAGAUGGAGGAGGAGCUGCAGAACUGGGAAGUCGGCAGCUGGUGGAUGCGGCGCCGGCAUCGAACCAUCGACCUCCUUUCCAUUCGCUCUUCGUCGAAAUCGGCCGAGGAGUCCCACAGUGCCAGUGCAAGCGAAGCGUUGGAUGACGAGCCCGCCGAGAUGCAUUCCUAA